AUGCCAGCGGAGGGGGGCGUCUCCAACUAUUUUGUUACAAACACGAAUCCGGAGUCUCAGUGCUCUUACGAGUAUGAGUUCAUAAUGAAGCGGCGUCUGGAGGAUCAGGAACCGGUUUUUGCGUCCCAGCAGCGGCGCCUUGCAGGCAACUCUGAGGCUUUCCAGCAUCGUGUCCUGGCCCCUGCCCCGGCUCCUGCUGUGUAUGAAGCUGUGUCAGAGAACAUGCAGCCCACAGCCGGCGUCCAGUACACCGUCCCCCAGGGAUACCAGGUCUCCACCGUGGCCCAAAACAGCGGCGGACACGGACACACUCCAAGCCCAGCCGUCCACACGGGAUCCCACCACCACAGCCCGGCGGUUCAGUCACACGGGCCUUCUGUGAUGUCAGGACACAGCCACACAGCAGCUCCGCAGGCCUCUGCACCGGGCCACCAACAGUUCCAGAGGCUUAAGGUGGAGGAUGCUUUGUCUUACUUGGAUCAAGUAAAACUGCAGUUUGGCAACCAGCCUCAGGUCUACAAUGACUUCUUAGACAUAAUGAAAGAGUUCAAGUCCCAAAGCAUCGACACUCCGGGUGUCAUCAGCCGAGUGUCACAGCUCUUCAAAGGCCACCCCGACCUCAUCAUGGGCUUCAACACUUUCCUCCCCCCGGGUUACAAGAUCGAGGUGCAGACCAACGACCUGGUCAACGUGACGACGCCGGGGCAGAUCCACCACAUCACCCCCCACGGCAUCUCAGUCCAGAACAUCCCCAUAACAGGAGCAGCGACCCAGCAUCCGCCCCAACUGCCCUCUGCUGUGACCACCACAGCUCCACCUCUUCUAACGCAGCCCACCCCUGCUAAGAUGAGCAAGCCGCAGGCAUCGACACCAAGCAGCCAGAGCAAUCCGUCCAUCCCCGUGUACACCUCUCCUCGGUCCCCACCCGUGCAGCUCCACCCACCUCUCGGCGGGACCCCCAGUGGCCCGCCCAUGCAGAACAACCAGCCGGUGGAGUUCAACCACGCCAUCAACUACGUCAACAAGAUCAAAAACCGCUUCCAGGGCCAGCCAGACAUCUACAAAGCCUUCCUGGAGAUCCUCCACACAUACCAGAAGGAGCAGCGCAAUGCAAAGGAGGCUGGGGGGAACUACACGCCGGCUCUGACGGAACAGGAGGUGUACGCUCAGGUGGCGAGGCUGUUCAAGAAUCAAGAGGACCUGCUGUCCGAGUUUGGGCAGUUUCUCCCCGAUGCCAACAGCUCAGUGCUCCUGAACAAGACCACAGCGGAAAAGGCCGACCACGACCAUGGCGUUACCACCAAAAAGCUGCAGCUUAACAACAAGCAGAGGCCCAAUCAGAACGGCUGCCAGAUCCGACGCCAUCCCACUCCGGGAUCCACCGCCUCUAUCAAGAAGAAGCCGAAGUUACUGAAUUCAAAAGAUUCCCCAGGAGCAGAUUCCAACCAACAUGUAGUCGGCACAGAAUCUCUGUUCUUUGAGAAGGUGCGCAAAGCCUUGCGAAGCACAGAGGCCUACGACAAUUUCCUGCGCUGCCUGGUCAUCUUCAACCAGGAGGUGAUCUCCAGGGCUGAGCUGGUGCAGUUGGUCCUGCCAUUUUUGGGAAAAUUCCCUGAGCUGUUCAACUGGUUCAAAAACUUUCUGGGAUAUCGGGAAAUGUCUCACAUCGAAACGUAUCCGAAGGAGCGGGCCACCGAGGGCAUCGCCAUGGAGAUCGAUUAUGCUUCCUGUAAGAGGCUGGGCUCCAGUUACAGAGCUCUGCCUAAAAGCUACCAGCAGCCCAAGUGUACAGGCAGAACUCCUCUUUGUAAAGAGGUCCUGAACGACACCUGGGUAUCUUUUCCCUCGUGGUCUGAGGACUCCACAUUUGUCAGCUCAAAGAAGACCCAGUACGAGGAGCACAUCUACAGGUGUGAGGAUGAACGCUUUGAGCUGGAUGUCGUGCUGGAGACCAACCUGGCCACUAUCAGAGUGCUGGAGACGGUCCAGCGGAAGUUGUCUCGCAUGUCCGCGGAGGAACAGGCAAAGUUCCGCUUGGACAACACGCUGGGCGGCUCCUCAGAGGUCAUACACCGCAAGGCCAUCCAGAGGAUAUAUGGAGACAAGGCGCCCGACAUCAUCGAUGGCCUGAAGAAGAACCCUGCCGUUUCUGUCCCCAUCGUGUUAAAAAGAUUAAAGACGAAGGAGGAAGAGUGGCGGGAAGCCCAGCGAGGUUUCAACAAGAUCUGGAGGGAUCAGAACGAGAAAUAUUACCUCAAAUCUCUGGACCACCAAGGCAUCAACUUCAAGCAGAACGACACCAAAGUGCUUCGAUCCAAGUCUCUGUUAAACGAAAUCGAGAGCAUCUACGAUGAGCGCCAGGAGCAGGUGUCGGAGGAAAGCGCCGCCCCACUCGCAGGCCCACACCUGGCUCUGGCCUACGAAGACAGCCAGAUCCUGGAGGACGCCGCGGCGCUCAUCAUCCACCACGUCAAGCGGCAAACCAGCAUCCAGAAGGAGGACAAAUACAAGAUCAAGCAGAUCAUCUACCACUUCAUCCCCGACAUGCUGUUCUCCCAGCGGGGCGAGCUCUCCGACGUGGAGGAGGAGGAGGAGGAAGAGGAGACGGAGGCCGAGGAGGGCGCCUCCAAGAAGCACAACGGCGUGCCCGGCGGCGGGAGCCCCUCCAAGUCCAAGCUGCUGUUCAGCAACACGGCGGCGCAGAAGCUGCGCGCCUGCGACGACGCCUACAACCUCUUCUACGUCAACAACAACUGGUACAUCUUCCUGCGGCUCCACCAGACGCUGUGCUCGCGCCUGCUGAGGCUCUACGGGCAGGCCGAGCGCCAGAUCGAGGAGGAUGUCCGAGAACGGGACUGGGAGAAGGAAGUGCUGGGCCUCAAGAGGGAGAAGAACGACAACCCAGCCAUCCAGCUGAGACUGAAAGAGCCCAUGGACAUCGAAGUGGAAGACUACUACUCCGCCUUCUUGGAGAUGGUGAGGAAUUUGCUGGACGGAAACAUGGAGGCAUCGCAGUAUGAGGACUCCCUGAGGGAAAUGUUUACCAUCCACGCUUACAUCGCCUUCACGAUGGACAAGCUGAUCCAAAGCAUCGUCCGGCAGCUCCAGCACAUAGUGAGCGACGAGAUCUGCGUCCAGGUGACGGAUCUCUACCUGGCAGAGAGCGCAGCCGGCGCCGGCGGGGGCGCCACUUCCACCCAGCUGUCCAGGAGCCCCGCGGAAGGAGCCUACCAGCGGAAAGCCGAGCAGCUUAUGUCUGACGAGAACUGCUUCAAGGUGAUGUUUCAGAAAAACAGAGGGCAGGUGCAAUUCACAGUGGAGCUGCUGGACACGGAGGAGGAGAACUCGGACGAGCCCAUGGAGGUUGAGCGUUGGUCCGAUUACGUUGGCCGCUACUUAAACCCAGAUUCCACCACCCCUGAGCUGAGGGAGCACCUGGCUCAGAAGCCUGUUUUUUUGCCCAGGAACCUGAGGCGAAUCAGAAAGUACCAGAAGAAUCGAGAGCAAAUGGACAAGGAGGCCAGCGAGGGGGGCAAGAAAUCUCUGGAGAAGAAGAUGGAGUGCAUGUUCAAACUCAACUCGUACAAGAUGGUGUACGUCUUCAAGUCCGAGGACUACAUGUACAGACGCACUGCCCUGAUGCGAGCCCACCAGUCACACGAGAGGGUCAGCACACGACUGCACAAGCGCUUCCAGGCCUGGGUGGAGGCGUGGGUCAAAGAGCACGUCACCCGCGACAUGAGCGCCGAGACCAACAAGUGGCUGAUGGGGGAGGGCCGCGACGGCCUGCUGCCCUGCACCACCAGCCGCCACCCGGAGGUGCUCCACUUCAUGAACAUCAACAAGUACCGCGUCAAGUACAGCACACCCAGCAAGGCGCCGUAG